CACACACACCCCACGCUGUCCAUACACAUAAAUACAGCAAUAUAGCUUCUCCACUCCAUUCACUUUCCUCUUCACUCAAACUCAUUCACUCGAAUCCCAUCAUGAUUCUCUCUCUUCUCCUCAUCCCAGCCCUAGGGUUUCUCAUCUUCUGCCUCCUCCUCUCCUCCUCCUCCAACAAACUCUACGUCAACAUCAAGAAAUUGACACCCAAGCUCAGCCCCCCCAGCCUCGGCUGCCUCAUCUCCUUCUACAAAAACCGCCACCGCCUCCUCAGCUGGUACACCGAGCUCCUGUCGGAGUCGGAGAAUCAGACGAUCGUGGUCCACCGCCUCGGCGCGCCGCGCACCGUCGUCACCGCCAACCCCGACAACGUCGAGUACAUGCUCAAGACCAACUUCGCCAACUUCCCCAAGGGCAAGCCCUUCACCGAGCUCCUCGGCGACUUCCUCGGCCUCGGGAUCUUCAACGUCGACGGCGAGAUGUGGAGCGUGCAGCGGAAGCUGGCCAGCCACGAGUUCAGCACCAAAUCCCUGCGCGAAUUCGUGGUCCAGGUGCUCCGCGACGAGGUCGCGGCGAGAUUGAUCCCGAUCCUCGAAAAUGCCGCCGAGGAUAAUGGGGUUUUGGACAUGCAGGAGAUGUUGCGGCGAUUCGCCUUCGACACCAUCUGUAAAGUGUCGCUGGGGAUGGACCCUUCCUGCCUCGACAUGUCGCGGCCGGCGCCGCCGCUGUCGUCGGCUUUCGACGCCGCGUCGGAGCUCUCGGCCAUGCGCGGCGCGGCGCCGGUUUUCGCGGUGUGGAAGCUGAAGCGGGCGCUGAACGUGGGGCCGGAGAAGGACUUGAAGGACGCCGUGAGGACCGUCCGCGGCUGCGUCGACGAGAUGAUACGCUGCAAGAAGGAGACGAUGGCCGCCGGCGGAGGCGGCGGCGGAGGAGGAGGAGAUCUUCUGUCGAGGUUUUUGGGGGCGGGGAUGGAGAGCGAGAUGGUGAGGGACAUGGUGAUAAGCUUCCUGAUGGCGGGGAGGGACACCACCUCCGCCGCGCUGACGUGGCUCUUCUGGCUGCUGACGUGGCACCGCGACGCCGAGCGGCGAGCGGUGGAGGAGAUCGGAGACGGAUAUGGCGGAUCAUGCGGUCGUGAAUUGGGAUUCGAUGACUUGAAGGAGAUGAACUUCGUCAAGGCCUGCCUGUGCGAGACGAUGCGGCUCUACCCGCCGGUGGUGUGGGACUCGAAGCAUGCGGCGAGGGACGACGUCUUGCCCGACGGCACGCCGGUUUUCAGGGGGAACCGGGUCACCUACUUCCCCUACGGAAUGGGGAGGAUGGAGGCGCUCUGGGGCAAGGACCGGCUCCGGUUCAGGCCGGACCGCUGGCUCGACGACGCCGGGGCGGUCAAGAUGGUCAGCCCCUACAAGUUUCCGGUUUUCCAGGCCGGUCCCAGGGUGUGCCUCGGGAAGGAAAUGGCGUUCAUUCAGAUGAAAUACGUCGUGGCGUCGGUUCUCGCCCGGUUCGAGCUCGUUCCGGUUCGCCCCGAGCCGCCGGUUUUCGUCCCCCAGCUCACGGCUUACAUGGCCGGCGGGUUCAGCGUUAGGGUUCGCCGGAGAGGGGGAGUGAUGUAGUUAGGGAUUGGCUAGUAUUUGUAAACGUUAAAUGAUUAGGAUCAAAAUCAAGGGAAAUUAGGAUAAUUGCGCAGUCUGUUGGUGAGACGUUUUUCCUUCGAUUAAUAAAUUGGAGGUUAGAUUCACCUAAAAUGUUAAAAUAUGAGUGUAAUAAUACUAAAGAAAAAGAAAAAAUCAAGGGAAACUAGUGAUAUAGAGGAUAGGGUAAAAGUAAAAGUUGUAUAUGCGUGCAAUUUUUAGUACUAGUAUUAUGUUAUCUAUUGUGUUUUAAUUAGUUUCGAAUUGUUCUCAAAUUUGGUGCAAGAGAUGGAAGUUUGUGAUGAUAA